AAUGACCCGAAAUAUGAACAAAAUGUGCAGGCAAGCAGGCGAGAAAAAGAGGAAGAAAGUGUUGGUUAAUGGCGGAGAGAGAGAAUGAAAUACGAAAAGGAAGCGAUAGAUGGAAGGCAGCGAUUGGCAAUAUCUCCGAGAUGGCCACCAACUUGGACUCUGUCCAUAAGCUACUCAUCAAGAAGGCCGUUUACGUUGAUCAAGAUACCUUCGCCAAGGCUUCGCUAACCUCCGAACAAUCCCGCACAAUCAAGGUUUUGGAUGAGAGAGUAGAGGGCUUAGAAAGCGAACUUGAUGCAGCAAUUACAGGUGCUGCUCGAGCUCGAUCAGAGAAAAGGCAGGCCGAAGCAGCUCAGAAAGCCGCAGAGCUUAGAGUAGUAGAAAUUACAAAAGAGCUUGAGAAUACUACAAAAGUGUUUGAACUACACAUGGAGGAAUUGCGAGCAAAGCAUGAAGAAAUUGGGAAGAGAGACCGUGAAAUUGAGCUUCUACAAGCUAUAGUUCAGACACUUCGUGGAAAGCAAUCUCUUUAGUUCUGCAAAGGUUGAAAGCUAGGUACAUCUAGAAACAAGAAGGAAAAAUGUCAGCUGAAGCAAAACUUCUCUUUGAACAACUAACUGAAGAUUCCAUGAAGUUGAUGGAGAAUGGGGAUUACAUUAUUACUACAACUGCUCCUUGGGAUCUGUCUUCAAGGAUGUACUGACUGCUCUUUUGCAAUUGGGAAAUGGACUUUGACCCACAGUAAAGCAGAUGAGCAAAUGAUAACGACAAGAAAGUCAAUAAGGGAAAGGGAGAGGGAGAGGAAGAAGAAGCCAAGAGCUUUUGAAGGAAGGCCUUUUUCUUUUCUUUUCUUUUCUUUUUUGGCAGCCAUUCUCUCAUCAGCCGAAUAGAUCCCCCUUCUCUCUUCCCCACACCACUUCCAAAAACGGUUUCUUUCACAAUCCCAGAAAACUCUCACCUUUAUCUUCAUCCUUCUUCACACCCAAUCUCCACAUAUUCUUUUUCUGCUUAAAGGGUGAGUUUUCAUCAUCAGCAGA